AUGGCGGGCGUCCAGUCUUCGUUGGCCUUUUUCGUCUUCAGUUUGGUUGCCCAAACCCUUUUUUUCGGCUUGUAUACCCUCUUGGUUUUCCUUUCAACGCGAGCCCUGUUACGACGCCAGCAACGAGACACGACCCGAAGCGUCCUCAUUUUCGUUACUCUCGUUCUCUACAUCAUCUCCACCCUUUAUUGGAGCUUCAGUAUUGCUCUAGUCGCCGACCGCGUUGAUCAAGCUGUUUUAGCGUCUCAACGCUCACAAGGAAGCAACAUAGGAAGAGACGACUUUGUUGUUAGCUGGUCUCCGGUCGUUAAUGCUGCCAUUCUCCUGAACUUCAUAAUUAGCAAUGGCAUUCUUGUUUGGCGUGCCCGGCUUAUCUGCCAUCGAGCUCUCCGCCAAUACUUGCUUGUACCCACUGGGCUUCUUGGCCUGACAAUAAUUACCUUGCUUACACUUGUCAUCUUGCGUUUCGUCGCCUUCGCCCAAUCACCCCCUGGCGUUCCAACCAAUAUUGUGGACAUCAUCCAAACGUUGACUUUGGCAUUUUCCGUAGCGUGUAGUCUCAGUACGGCGGCGGUAGUGGGUGCAACGGCCAGUCGGAACCGGAAGGAGUUUGGGGUCGCUUUUCCUGGCGGAGAAUUUCAGUUUUCCCGGCCCGAUCAGGUUCUUGGGCUUGUUGCGGAAUCUGGUGUGGUGUAUCUAUUCUUCGAGGUUCUUUUACUCAUUUCCAGCGUCGUUCCUUUGCGGGAAGGAACACUGGCAGAUUUAUAUGAGCCAGUUGCUGUCCAGAUAGCGGGCGCUUACCCCUCGGCCCUUCUCCUACUCAUCAUCGCAAGCGAAAGCUUAGCUCAUACCCGUCUCAGCUCUUUGACAAGCGAAAAAUCUUCGUCGCCAACUAGUGUGGAUUUCAAGCCCAGACCUCUAGAGAAUGACGGCGGCGAGAAUGGCGAGUCCAUGCCUCGGCCAACUAUACCCCGAAGAGUUACUGUGGACUUGAGUUUGGACAGUCCCCGGCCCAAUAUGACAACAUUCAACGCGAUUCAGUCCUCACAAACGAGGGCAGAGAAUUCCAAUACAACCCCCGAGCGAACGGGGCCAGGGAUAAUCAACACUCAAUUUACUUUCCCUACACCCGCCUCCACUCUUCAGCCCCCGAAGAGAAGGGUUAUGUUUGUAGUGGAUGGUGAUGCACUUUCUUCGGAUGGAAGCUUAACCCCAAGCUCGAAUCCCAUGAGCUCACCUGGACCCAGUGGCCUCGCUUCGAACAGUGUCGCAGAUAGCACAGACAGUGGCUCUAGUUCCGAUGUGGAAGAGGGCCAACUUGCAACGAUGCCAAUUGCUCAACCACAACCUGUCGUUGCCCGACCACCGUUCCCCGUCUUGCCGCAGACAUCGCCCCAACCCGAACCUGCUGCUCUUCCGAUAAAUGCACUAAAGCCUUCUCGUGUGCCCAUCGCAGUCGGGGCUCUUGAAUAUUAUCAAAAACGGCAGCAACUCGGCAUGAUGCAAACGGGCGUAAACGGCGGGCUUGAGCGUCCUGCAAGUCAAUCAACUGUUGCAAGUGUUAACGUUGGUGGGCCGGCAGCACCUUUUGUCGGCGGACAAGUGGUUAUUGCUCAAGCUCGUGAUCAUCCAUUCCCGUUACGGUCCCAGCGAUCCCUUCGGCAGGUCAAAGAGCCACAAACCCCGCGCACUUUUAUGGCAAUGCCAGAAAAUCGAGAUCAGGCAGCGCUGGAUGCUCUUGAUCUCGAUUUGGAGCUGGUUUUGGGGAGCUUGGACACUCGGUCGGUGGCCACGAGAAGCGACGUCGACUCGAUCAAUGAUGUCCAAAUUAUCGAAGUUUUCCAGGAUGAGGAGAUCCCCUUCACGGGUGUGGAGAUUCCCGCGACAGCUACAGAGAUUCCGGUUGGAGCUGAGAACAACAAGAGCACUCAGUCUGAGGAUGAUGCUGCCCAGACACCAAUACAAGGAACUGGUGUCGGACUCGCUCUUUACUUCGACCUGGAAGAAGAAGAAGCAGAAUCAGCAGCGGCUACGCCCACUCAGCCCACCCUAAUUCUAUCUGAGCCCGACGUCACUUUCCCAACUUCACCUCCUGGUUUAGCAUCUUCCGCACAAACAAUGGAAGUCGACGAAACAAACCUCGUAGUAGAGUCAACUCGGACUUCAACCCUCUCCAUCACGACUGAGAGUAUGAUGGCCACAGAAGCAGAGCUCGCGACUGCGGAAAUGCUUUCAGCUCUGAAGCGUCCUAUCUCAACCGAACAACCGCAACCAGAGGUUGAAGAUAAUGUAAAUCUCGAAUCUUCCGCCACGGAAGUUGCCGAGAUAUUCGAGAAUCAACUCGAACCUCCCCACCAAUCGCAACCGCAACGUUCUUCCAUUGCAAGAGCAACAAUGAGUCAAUUCCCCGUCAGACCGUCUCGUUUGCGGGCCGCUACUGUUACUCGUGGGCCAUCUCCAAACCCAUCGAUGACCUCCACCGCACCUUCAACAUCCUCUUUUGGCGAUGGUGUUCCACCACGAGGAAGAUCGCAAUCGCAAAGCACGCGCAUCAACCAGUUUCCUCCAAGCGGGGACUCGUCACGUGCUCCAACUCCGACACUGUCGGUUACUUCUUCGUCAGCCACAACGGAGGUGACCGAGCCCAUUAAUACCCACCAGCGUGCAAAGUCGCAACGAAUGAAUCAGUUCCCUGUUCGCUCGCAGACACCAAGCUCUCGUGCUCCGACGCCAACUUUGUUGGUCGCCUCGUCUCCAGAUAACAACAGCACCACGAUUGCGAAGCUUCUGCAUCGCCGAUCCAAGUCACAGUCAAGCAUGCAGCGUCUUGACGAGAAUCCAUUGGCCCCAUUUCGCCCACAGAGUCCCACAACAUCCGUUACCUCUUAUGGAAGUGAAGUUGUCGGGCCAGAAGGGGCUCUUGUGACGCCUGCUGAGCCAUCACGAGCGCCACGUAAACAGCAGCUGGCACGGAGACAACUGAAGCGGGUGAAAUCCCAGCCGCGUAUGUUCGGCAAUGCGCCAGCGCUCGCGAUAAGUGCGCCAUUGUCGCCAGAGGCUGUUGAAUUGGAGAAGGAACGUGCUCGGAGGAAGCUUUCUUUUAUUGCAAUUGUAUCGCAUACGACUAAUUACCAAAUGGAUUAUCCUAUGAAUUUAAUGAAAUAA